CCUGUCACGCAGGAUCAACAGCCUCACUAACUCCUAUGCCGUGGCAAUGACAUCUUACGCCCUGGCCAACGAGGAGCAGCACAAGCUAGAUAUCUUGCUCAGGUUCGCCUCCCCAGACAAAUCCCACUGGCCGGUCACAGGCAGCCAUCUCUUCACCCUGGAGGCCACAGGGUAUGCACUGCUGGCCCUGGUCAAGGCUAAGGAGUUUGACAAGGCAGGCAAAGUGGUGGAGUGGCUGACACAGCAGCGCUUCUAUGGUGGUGGAUAUGCCUCUACCCAGGCCACCAUCAUAGUUUUCCAGGCAGUGGCUCAGUACCACAUGGAUGUGGGUCCUGUAAAGGACAUCGACCUUCUUGUGGAUAUCGGUGUGGCCGGUCGCAGCAGACCCAUUGCGUACACUUUCAACAAGAACAACGCCUUCCUCACCCGUUCUCUCAAGACCCGAGUGGAUCAGGACCUCAACAUCACAGCCACAGGAGUGGGCCAGGGGACCGUUUCGGUCAUGACCCUGUACAACGCCAUUCCUACUGAAGAGAAGCAAGACUGUAAAAACUUUGAACUGGCUGUGAAACUGACAAGAAUCCCAGCUAAAAAUGAGGAUGUCUUAGAAACAUACAAACUUGAGAUUGACGUUGGGUUCCUGUCCACUGAGAGGGACGCCACCAUGUCGAUUCUGGACAUCACUCUCCUCACAGGCUUUGUGGCAGAUGAGGAAGACCUGAGAGCGUUAACCAGAGGAAAGGACAGGUACGUUCAGAAGUUUGAGAUGGACAAGCAGCUGUCUGAGAAGGGCUCCCUCAUCCUCUACAUGGACAAGGUCUCUCGCAACUUACCUGACAGAGUGGUCUUCAGAAUGCACAAGAUGCUGAAUGUGGGCCUGAUCCAGCCUGCAGUAGUUACUAUAUAUGAGUACUACGCCAUGGAAAAUCGCUGCACAAAGUUCUACCAUCCAGAGAAGAAGGAUGGAGCCCUCAACCGCAUUUGCCACGAUGAAGUCUGUCGCUGUGCCGAAGAGAACUGCAGCAUGCAGAAGAAACUUGGGAAGAACAGGGACCUGGACCGCAUUACAGAAGCCUGCACAGCAGAAGUAGACUAUGUUUACAAAGUUCAGGUGGUUCGUGCAGAAGUGAGUGACUCCUUGGAUCGGUUCACCAUCAAGAUACUGGAAGUGAUUAAAGAAGGCACUGACACUGAAGUGCAGUGGAAGGAGCGCAUGUUUAUAUCCCAUCCCUACUGUAGGGAGGCAAUCAAUCUGCUUGAGAAGAAAAUGUACCUACUUAUGGGCAAGUCUGCUCACCUCAUCAUGGGAGAGGGCAAGAGGAGUCUCUCUCCUGCAGCAUGAUGUACAUGGUGGGAG